AUGGCGGAUACAAAGGAAAAAGAUACCAGUGCCUCAAUUUCUGAAACAAGUGAAGGUACCCCUAUUAAAUCAAAAAAUGCCGAUAAAAACGAAGCCAAAAGACAAGCAAAACUAGCAAAAUUUGCCGCAAAACAAGCCAAGGCAAAUUCUUCCGAGGAAACAGAAUUUGUCGAUAAUACCCCUGUUGGUGAAAAGAAAGACAUGUCCCAGCCAAUGGCGUCGUCUUACAACCCAAAAGCUGUUGAAUCUUCUUGGUAUGCAUGGUGGGAGAAACAGGGCUUUUUCGAACCAGAAUUGACUUCAGAUGGUAAGCCCAAACCUGAAGGAAUUUUCAUCGUUCCCGUUCCUCCGCCAAAUGUCACAGGUUCCCUUCACAUUGGUCACGGAUUAACUAUUGCAAUUCAGGAUGCAUUGGUAAGAUGGAAUCGAAUGUUGGGAAAGACAGUGUUAUAUAACCCAGGCAUAGAUCACGCCGGGAUUUCGACCCAAUCUGUUGUUGAGAAAAGAUUAUGGACCGAGAAACAACAAACUCGUCACGAUAUUGGCAGGAAAGACUUCAUCGAAGAAGUUUGGAAAUGGAAAAAUUUGUAUGGUAAUCGAAUUCAUUCUCAAAUGAAGCGACUUGGAGGUUCUUUUGAUUGGAGUCGUUCAGUAUUUACGAUGGACGAAAAAUUAUCGAAUGCUGUUGUGGAAACUUUUUGUCGUCUGCAGGAAGAGGGGAUUAUUUAUAGGGCCACUCGAUUGAUAAAUUGGUGUGUCAGGCUCAAUACGGCCUUAUCAAAUCUGGAAGUUGAGAACAAGGAAUUGACCGGGCGUACUCUUCUGUCUGUACCUGGCUAUGAACCGGAAGAAAAGAUUGAAUUUGGCGUUUUAACGUCUUUUGGAUACCCUAUUGAGAAUUCCGAUGAAAAAAUUGUGGUUGCUACGACUCGUCCCGAAACCAUGUUGGGUGAUAGCGGUGUGGCGGUUCAUCCUCAAGACGAGCGAUAUAAGCAUCUUCACGGUAAAUAUGUGAUCCAUCCUUUCAAUGGACGACGAAUUCCAAUUAUUUUAGAUGAUAUGGUUGACAUGGGAUUCGGUACCGGAGCUGUCAAGAUUACACCUGCUCACGAUUUUAAUGAUUAUGAAGUCGGGAAAAGACAUAAUCUGGAGUUUAUUAAUAUACUUAAUGAUGACGGUACACUUAAUGAAAAUGGCGGUCCAUUCAAAGGCAUGAAGCGUUUUCAUGUUCGUAAAACCGUAGUUGAAGCCCUCAAAGAAAAAGGCUUAUUUUUUGGAACGCAAGAAAAUCCCAUGGCCAUUCCUACUUGUGCCAAGUCUGGAGAUAUUAUUGAACCCGUAUUGAAACCUCAGUGGUGGGUUAGUUGUUCGGCUAUGGCAGCCGAUGCGAUGAAGGCUGUUACAGAUGGUAAACUUCGAAUUACGCCAAAGACUUCGGAAAAAGAUUGGUUUAGAUGGCUAGGAAAUAUUCAAGAUUGGUGUAUCUCUCGUCAGCUUUGGUGGGGACAUCAGGUACCAGCUUACUUCAUUAAAAUAGCUAAUCGGGACCAGGACCAUUCGGAUGGUGCUUACUGGGUUUCAGGGAGGAAUAGAGAUGAAGCAAUGAGAAAAGCAAAGGAAAAGUUUCCAGAUGAAGAGUUUGAAUUGGAGCAAGAUCCGGACGUAUUAGACACGUGGUUUUCAUCAGGUUUAUGGCCGUUCUCUAUUUUUGGUUGGCCAGAACAGAAUGAUGACCUGAAGAAUUUCUAUCCAUCAUCACUAUUGGAAACCGGAUGGGAUAUUUUGUUCUUUUGGGUAGCUCGUAUGGUGAUGAUGGGUAUCAAGCUUACUGGUCAAGUACCAUUUAGUGAGGUUUUUUGUCAUGCCAUGGUUCGUGAUGCGCAUGGUCGUAAAAUGAGCAAAUCAUUAGGAAAUGUUGUAGAUCCAGUGGAUGUAAUUCAAGGUAUAACAUUGGAUAAGCUACACGCAAAGCUAUACGAAGGAAAUCUUGAUAAGCGUGAGAUCGAAAAGGCAAAAGCUGGUCAAAAAGCGGACUAUCCAAAUGGUAUACCAGAAUGCGGAACUGACGCGUUGAGAUUUGCAUUAUGCGCAUACACUUCGACAGGCCGAGAUCUUAACCUUGAUAUUCUUCGUGUGGAAGGUUACCGCAAGUUCUGCAAUAAAUUAUGGAAUGCAACUCGAUUCGCUUUAAUGAAAUUGGGCGAAGAUUUUCAUCCAAGAUCCGAUUCCAAAAAAACUGGAAAAGAAUCAUUACCCGAACAGUGGAUAUUACAUAAACUUAAUCAGGCAGUAAUUAACACGAACAAAGCUCUAUAUGAGAGGAACUUUAUGAACGCCACAACGUCUGUUUAUAGUUUCUGGCUGUACGAACUUUGCGAUGUUUACAUUGAAGUUAUCAAACCUAUUAUCGAUGCUGAUAUUUCAAUAUCGGAAAACGUGGAACGUAAACGUUCAGCUGAAGAUACAUUGUAUACCUGCUUGGAAGCUGGACUUAAAUUACUUCACCCAUUUAUGCCAUUUGUAACCGAAGAAUUAUAUCAACGUUUACCCCGUCGCCCCAACGAAGACGUUCAAACAAUUACUAAAGCCAAAUAUCCUCUAGAGGUACCAGAAUAUAACAAUCCGAAAGCCGAGGAACAAUUUGAUCUGAUAUUUUCGAUCAUCAAAGCUGCAAGGUCACUUACUGUUGAAUAUAAUAUUCAAUCUAAUGCCACAAUAUUUAUUCAGGUAGCUUCCGAUUCACUUGCUAAAUUUCUUUCCACCCAAGAACAAAGCAUUAUCACUUUAGUGAAGGGUGCAAAAUCGGUAAAUGUCUUACAAAAGGAUGAUUCUACUCCCGCUGGUUGUUCUCUGAGCACCGUCAACGAUGAGAUAAACGUAUUGCUUUUGGUCAAAGGAUUCGUGGAUAUAGACUCCGAAGUUGUAAAGCUCCAAAACAAACUUGACAAAACAACACGAGCGCUAACUUCACUUCAGAAGAAGAUACAAAUUCCGGAUUAUGAAUCUAAAGUACCAACAGAUGUUCGCGAAACAAAUGAGACAAAGUUCAAGUCCUAUCAAGCAGAAAUCGAUGGAUUAAAUAAUAGCAUUCAAAACUUCCUAAAGUUAAAGGACUAA